GACAUCACCAUUUAGCAGUGCAUGUAGCUAGCAAGUGGUUUGUUCUUAGGGUAAGAGAGUAGGAAACUUGCUCCCCAUCUGAUAAGACAGAGUGCAAAGGAGACCCUAUUUCUUAGGGGCACAGCUGAUCUCCAGAUAUGACCAUGGGUUUGUGGCUCAAACUUCUGGCCUUUGGAUUUGCCCUUCUGGACACAGAAGUCUUUGUCACAGGGCAAACACCUACACCCAGUGAUGAACUGAGCACAACAGAGAAUGCCCUUCUUCUGCCUCAAAGUGACCCCUUACCUGCUCGCACCACUGAAUCCACACCCCCAAGCAUCUCUGAAAGAGGAAAUGGCUCUUCAGAGACCACAUAUCAUCCAGGUGUGUUAUCCACGCUGCUGCCUCACCUGUCCCCACAGCCUGACUCGCAGACGCCCUCUGCCGGAGGAGCUGACACUCAGACAUUCAGCAGCCAAGCUGACAAUCCCACACUCACGCCUGCUCCCGGCGGCGGGACUGACCCACCAGGUGUGCCAGGGGAGAGGACUGUACCGGGGACCAUUCCUGCAGACACAGCCUUUCCUGUUGAUACCCCCAGCCUUGCACGCAACAGCUCUGCUGCCUCACCUACACACACCUCCAAUGUCAGCACCACAGAUAUCUCUUCAGGUGCCAGCCUCACAACUCUUACACCAUCCACUCUGGGCCUUGCAAGCACUGACCCUCCAAGCACAACCAUAGCUACCACAACGAAGCAAACAUGUGCUGCCAUGUUUGGGAACAUUACUGUGAAUUACACCUAUGAAUCUAGUAAUCAGACUUUUAAGGCAGACCUCAAAGAUGUCCAAAAUGCUAAGUGUGGAAAUGAGGAUUGUGAAAACGUGUUAAAUAAUCUAGAAGAAUGCUCACAGAUAAAAAACAUCAGUGUGUCUAAUGACUCAUGUGCUCCAGCUACAACUAUAGAUUUAUAUGUACCACCAGGGACUGACAAGUUUUCGCUACAUGACUGCACACCAAAAGAAAAGGCUAAUACUUCAAUUUGUUUGGAGUGGAAAACAAAAAACCUUGAUUUCAGAAAAUGCAACAGUGACAAUAUUUCAUAUGUACUCCACUGUGAGCCAGAAAAUAAUACAAAAUGCAUUAGAAGAAAUACAUUCAUACCUGAAAGAUGUCAGUUGGACAACCUUCGUGCCCAAACAAAUUACACAUGUGUAGCAGAAAUCUUAUAUCGCGGUGUAAAACUCGUCAAAAAUGUUAUAAAUGUGCAGACAGAUUUGGGGAUUCCAGAAACGCCUAAGCCUAGUUGUGGGGAUCCAGCUGCAAGAAAAACGUUAGUCUCUUGGCCUGAGCCUGUAUCUAAACCUGAGUCUGCAUCUAAACCCCAUGGAUAUGUUUUAUGCUAUAAGAACAAUUCAGAAAAAUGUAAAAGUUUGCCUAAUAAUGUGACCAGUUUUGAGGUGGAAAGCUUGAAACCUUAUAAAUACUAUGAAGUGUCCCUACUUGCCUAUGUCAAUGGGAAGAUUCAAAGAAAUGGGACUGCUGAGAAGUGCAAUUUUCACACAAAAGCAGAUCGUCCGGACAAGGUCAAUGGAAUGAAAACCUCCCGGCCGACAGACAAUAGUAUAAAUGUUACAUGUGGUCCUCCUUAUGAAACUAAUGGCCCUAAAACCUUUUACAUUUUGGUAGUCAGAAGUGGAGGUUCUUUUGUUACAAAAUACAACAAGACAAACUGUCAGUUUUAUGUAGAUAAUCUCUACUAUUCAACUGACUAUGAGUUUCUGGUCUCUUUUCACAAUGGAGUGUACGAGGGAGAUUCAGUUAUAAGAAAUGAGUCAACAAAUUUUAAUGCUAAAGCACUGAUUAUAUUCCUGGUGUUUCUGAUUAUUGUGACAUCAAUAGCCUUGCUUGUUGUUUUGUAUAAAAUCUAUGAUCUGCGCAAGAAAAGAUCCAGCAAUUUAGAUGAACAACAGGAACUCGUUGAAAGGGAUGAUGAAAAGCAGCUGAUGGAUGUGGAGCCAAUCCAUUCUGACAUUUUGUUGGAAACAUACAAAAGGAAGAUUGCUGAUGAGGGCAGACUGUUCCUGGCUGAAUUUCAGAGCAUUCCACGGGUAUUCAGCAAGUUUCCCAUCAAAGAUGCCCGAAAGCCCCACAAUCAGAAUAAAAACCGUUAUGUUGACAUUCUUCCCUAUGAUUAUAACCGUGUGGAACUCUCUGAAAUAAAUGGAGAUGCAGGGUCCACCUACAUAAAUGCCAGCUACAUUGAUGGCUUCAAGGAACCCAGGAAAUACAUUGCUGCACAAGGGCCCCGGGAUGAGACAGUUGAUGACUUCUGGAGGAUGAUCUGGGAGCAAAAGGCCACAGUUAUUGUCAUGGUCACACGAUGUGAAGAAGGAAACAGGAACAAGUGCGCAGAAUACUGGCCAAGCAUGGAGGAAGGCACUCGGGCUUUCAAAGAUAUUGUUGUGACAAUCAAUGACCACAAACGAUGUCCUGAUUACAUCAUUCAGAAGCUGAACGUUGCACAUAAAAAAGAAAAAGCAACUGGAAGAGAAGUGACUCAUAUCCAAUUCACCAGCUGGCCAGACCAUGGGGUUCCUGAAGACCCUCACCUGCUCCUCAAACUUCGACGGAGAGUUAAUGCUUUUAGCAACUUCUUCAGUGGUCCCAUUGUGGUGCACUGCAGUGCUGGUGUUGGGCGUACAGGUACCUACAUUGGAAUUGAUGCCAUGCUGGAAGGCCUGGAAGCAGAGGGCAAAGUGGAUGUCUAUGGUUAUGUUGUCAAGCUAAGGCGACAGAGGUGUCUGAUGGUGCAAGUGGAGGCACAGUAUAUCCUGAUUCAUCAGGCUUUAGUGGAAUACAAUCAGUUUGGAGAAACAGAAGUGAACUUGUCUGAGUUACAUUCAUGCCUACACAACAUGAAGAAGAGAGAUCCACCCAGUGACCCCUCCCCUCUGGAGGCUGAAUACCAGAGACUUCCUUCAUACAGGAGUUGGAGGACACAGCACAUUGGAAAUCAAGAAGAAAAUAAGAAGAAGAACAGGAAUUCUAAUGUUGUUCCAUAUGACUUUAACAGAGUGCCACUUAAGCAUGAACUGGAGAUGAGCAAAGAGAGUGAGCCUGAAUCAGAUGAGUCUUCAGAUGAUGACAGUGACUCAGAAGAAACCAGCAAAUACAUUAAUGCAUCCUUUGUGAUGAGUUACUGGAAACCAGAAAUGAUGAUUGCUGCUCAGGGGCCACUAAAAGAAACGAUCGGUGACUUUUGGCAGAUGAUAUUCCAAAGAAAAGUCAAAGUUAUUGUGAUGUUGACAGAGUUAGUGAAUGGAGACCAGGAAGUCUGUGCUCAGUACUGGGGCGAAGGAAAGCAGACUUAUGGAGACAUGGAAGUGGAGAUGAAAGACACAAACAGAGCCUCAGCCUACACUCUCCGAACUUUUGAGCUGAGACAUUCCAAGAGGAAGGAGCCCAGAACUGUGUACCAGUACCAGUGUACCACAUGGAAAGGGGAAGAGCUGCCUGCAGAACCCAAAGACCUGGUGUCUAUGAUUCAGGACCUCAAACAGAAGCUUCCCAAGGCUUCCCCAGAAGGGAUGAAGUAUCACAAGCAUGCAUCCAUCCUCGUCCACUGCAGAGAUGGAUCCCAGCAGACAGGGUUGUUCUGUGCCUUGUUCAAUCUCUUGGAAAGUGCAGAAACAGAAGAUGUGGUUGAUGUUUUCCAAGUGGUAAAGUCUCUACGCAAAGCACGGCCUGGGGUGGUGUGCAGCUAUGAGCAAUACCAGUUCCUCUAUGACAUCAUCGCCAGCAUCUAUCCCGCCCAGAAUGGACAAGUCAAGAAAACAAACAGCCAAGACAAAAUUGAAUUUCAUAAUGAAGUGGAUGGAGGCAAGCAGGAUGCUAACUGUGUCCGUCCAGAUGGUCCUCUGAAUAAAGCCCAGGAAGACAGCAGAGGGGUGGGAACCCCGGAGCCUACCAAUAGUGCUGAGGAACCAGAACAUGCUGCCAAUGGUUCUGCGAGCCCAGCUCCAACCCAGAGUUCAUAGGAAAGGAGUCAUGUGGGACAACGCAGACUCUCACAUUAGUUCUUUCUAUUUUUCUAGACCUAAUGAAAGAACAUGGCUGUGCAGUGGUUUAUGGAAUCUGUGUUCACCUUUGCCACUGUAUAAAAAUAUUUAAGUUUGUCAAAACAUUUUGUACAGUUUUAUGCUUAUUUUAAAAGUGUAUCUAUGUCAUUCAGCAGGAAUGUAUAUGUGAGAGAGGGUGUCUGUGUGUGUGAGAGUGUGUUUAUGUAUGAGUGACUGUGUGUGUGCAUGUUUGUGCGUGUGUAUGACAUCUAAAUGUGAUUGGAGAAUACUUUCAAGCCAUUUCAAAUGCUUUCGAGAAACAGUGUGCCUUUUCUCCUCUUGAGGAAACUAUACAUUUUAUAUCUAAACUGUUAAUUUGUUUGAGGGAUUAAUUUUUUAAAAUCCCAUUGAAAGUGGAUUCAGUUGUAAGAAUAACAAUGUGUACCAUUCUGGAAUGACCUCAAGGUGUCCUCCUUGUCCUGUUGAUGAUCUUGUAGUUUAAGAUGCUCUUUUUGGAUAUAGAUAAGCGUAUGUAAGAGUGCUGUGGGUGUGUACAGCUGAUCUGGGACGUGAACAAAAUCAACAUGUGAGACUUAUGUUCCAUAUACUGUCAUUUCAUCACUAUCUCUUAAUGCAUAUUUAAUCAAACAUGAAAAUCUCAAGGGAGACUAUUUUUGUAUCCACAUGGGAAGUAGAACAUUGCAAGUCAGUUGCUGUCUACACAAUAGAUAAAAAUUACUAGUUAAUGCUCUUGGUCAUAUCGAUAUAUGCUAUGAACCUAAAUAAUUGCCCUUAGCCAAAUAUAAUGUAUGUUAAAAACACAUAGAAUAAAAACAGGGGCAUGAAAACUUGUUUGUACUGAAUAUUUACAUAGGUAACCUCGUACAGUUAGUUCUGUUAUGGAAUUCACCAUUUAUGGGAAAUGUAAAAUUGACUAUGGCCAUUUCCUAUGCUUAAGACCAUCUUUGACUUGCAUUACUGUGUAUUUAUCUUGAAUUUCCCCACUGUUUUGUUUACUCUUACUGAGAUAUAAUAUUGAUAACCAUAAUAAACUUUCAACUAUUAUCUUCUUUGCUUAUGUGGCGUGUGUUACAUGUUUGUAAUUGACAGUGAAGCAAUUUCUUCUUCAAGCUGAGAUUGGUUUUCCCAUUUUGUUCAUUGAUGAGAAAAAUGAAUAAUUAUCAGAUAGGCGCAUCAGAAGGGGAUAAAGAGGACUCUGUUUUCUCACUAGCCACUCACAGAUUUCUAUCUCAUGUCAUCUGGGAAAGGUUCUGUUGCUCUUUGCUGGAAAACAUUGUGGAAGUUUGCAGUUCUGAUGCUGAUGUACCUUCAGGCUGGUUUUUAUGUUGAUUUGUGAUUUGUGAUUUGCUUCAGAAUGCUGAUCAUCUUCAAUGAUAUCUUUUGGAACACAGUUUACUUAGUAGCUGUUUACUUAGCAGCACAUUUGCAACAGCAUCAAAAGCUAUGUUACUAUAAAAUCAGUGCGUGAAGUCUGAUUUACAUUUUGCUCAAGGAUCUGGGUAAAGUUUUCUACCAAGAAUGUUGAGGACUCAUGAAAAUGUGAAGUUCUCCAACUUCUAAAAUUUUUUAGGACUUUCAAUAAACUAUAAAAUUAUUCAAAA